AUGAACCCGUCGCGGUCCGCCCCGGCGUCGUUCCGGGACCGCACCAACGAGUUCCGCUCCGCCGUCGAGAGCGCACGCCGCCACGUCGCACCCUCCCCGGCCGCCGCGUCGGCCAGCGGCAGCGCCGGGCCCCUCGACGACUCGCGCUCCGCCGCGUCGGCGCACUCCGAGUUCAACCGCCGCGCCUCCAAGAUCGGGCUCGGGAUCCACCAGACCUCCCAGAAGCUCGCCCGCCUCGCCAAAUUGGCAAAGAAGACAUCUGUUUUUGAUGACCCUACCUUAGAGAUACAAGAGUUGACUGCAGUUGUUAAGAAGGAUAUUGGUGCUUUGAAUAAUGCUGUUAUGGACUUACAAGUUCUGUGCAAUUCACAAAAUGAGAGUGGCAAUCUUUCCAAGGAUACAACAAAUCAUUCCACUACCGUUGUGGACAACCUGAAAAAUCGACUGAUGAGUGCAACGAAAGAAUUCAAAGAAGUCCUUACAAUGCGGACAGAGAAUUUAAAGGUCCAUGAAAACAGAAGGCAAAUGUUCUCGUCCUCAGCUGCAAAAGAUGCAUCAAAUCCAUUCAUUCGUCAGCGGCCCCUUGUUCCCAGAGAGGCAUCCGACGCUGCACCCCCAGCACCAUGGGCCAGUGACUCUGCAACUACGCCAUUGUUUCAGAGGAAGAAGACUAAUGGAGAUCAUGGAGCAUCAUCGUCGUCGUCGUCGUCUCCUGCUUUCAUGCAGCAGCAGCAAUUGGCAGUACAGCAGGAUAGUUACAUGCAGAGCAGAGCUGAGGCUCUUCAAAAUGUGGAAUCAACCAUCCAUGAGCUGAGCAACAUCUUUACCCAGCUGGCAACCAUGGUGUCUCAGCAGGGAGAGCUAGCAAUCAGAAUCGAUGAGAACAUGGAGGAGACGGUAGCCAACGUCGAGGGAGCGCAGGGUCAACUCCUGAAGUACCUCAACAGCAUCUCGUCAAACAGGUGGCUGAUGAUGAAGAUAUUCUUCGUGCUGAUGGUGUUCCUCAUGAUCUUCAUAUUCUUCGUGGCAUGA